AUGUCUCCAAAGCUCUUUGUCGUGUUCUACCAGCCACGCUAUGGAAAUUUCCUGCAUUGGGCGUUGCAUAUAGAGAAAGGCCAAGAGCACCACAUUUUCGAAGUCGAUGGCGAGCAUCCACAAUUCAAACGCAACACGUUUAUGGAGAAUCCGAAGGAAUCAAGCACUUUCCUACGCCAGUUCUUCAUUGCUGUGCUUGGAGAGAACGAUGUCGAGAGAGUGAAGAGUGCUGCACAAAGCGUGCUUGUGGAUAACGAGACCGUUGAAUGGGAUUGUCAGGACUAUGUGCUGGAGAUCCUUGAUAAACUACAAGAGGAUUCUAUUUUGGACAAGGAUGAUGAGGACUACAUGGAUGUAAGGGAGAUAUUGAUGGAAGAGAGGGGAGGAAUAGUUUGA